GGAAAAUUAUCGAAGAUGGAUAUUCUAUUAUUUGUUUUAUUCUUUUUCAUCGCAUUUUUUCAUCAAAAUAUCAAUGCUGAAAGUUUAAAACUAUGCAUGGUUGAAAGUAUUCAUACAAUAAAAGGAAUUCGCAAACUUUGCCCACAAUUGACAAUCUCAGGGAAUCAGAUAGAGUGUGUUAUAGGAAGUGAUAGAUUUAAUUGCCUACGAUAUUUGUCUAUGAGUAAAGCCGAUUUUACUGUAUUGGAACCGGAAGAUCUGGUUGCAGCGUCCGCGUAUAACGAGUACAACAUUCUAGUCACAAACGAAUUAAGAUUAUUUUCAGACGAGAAACAACGUUAUGAAAUGGUAGUUAUAGUCUCUAAAAACGUGAGAAAUAUAUGGGACAUUAAGGGUAAAAGAUUUUGUCAUCCUGGAUUAGAUACUACUGAUGAUUGGACCAAUUCUUUUUCAACGUAUUUUGAAGAAUGGAUAAUACCGAGAAAUUGUGAUCCACAUAAGACGUUAUUAGAAGAUCGAAUGAAUGGUUUGUCAAAUUUUUUUGAGACAGCUUGUAUAGCUGGGCCUUGGACCGCAGAUACUAUAUAUGAUAGUAAUUUAAAAUCGAAAUAUAGAAAUCUUUGUGCUGCAUGCGACAAUCCAAUGGGCUGUUAUUCGAGUGAUAUGUAUCAUGGUCGCGAAGGUGCCUUAUUGUGCCUUACUGAUAACGCAGGUGACGUUGCCUGGGUUAGAUUAAAUGAUACUCUGGAACAUUUUAAGGAUGAACGAAUUAACAAGGAAGAUUACAAAUAUCUUUGUCCGGAUGGUACAACGAGACCUGUAAAACUCGAUAAACCAUGUGUAUGGAUCACGAAACCUUGGCCAGUAAUUAUCGCUAGAUCAGAAGUAGCAAAAAAGGUGGAAAAGAUAAUGAUUUCUUUGAAGAUAGACAAAUUCGGUUGGAAGCUACGACAAUUAUUAGAAAAUUAUCAUCCAACACCUGUGAGCACAGAUAUUUUGGAAACACCGGAAGACUUUCUAGUAAAAUUCCCUCGUUUUAUGGGCGCUAACAAUCGCGUAUCAUGUCAUCCAUCAAGAAGAGUAAAAUGGUGUGUUGUUUCGAACUUAGAAGAAAAUAAAUGUCGAUGGCUUAGAGAAGCUUCGAUUGUGUAUGGUGUAGAACCAGCGAUUUCCUGUAUUCAAGAAUUAACAAGAGCAGACUGUUUAAAAGCUCUUAAGACCGAACGUGCAGAUAUAUUUAUUGCAAAACCAGAAGAAUUAUUCCAGGCCAGAAAAAUUGGUUUAAAAACAAUGGCACAAGUAGUACCCAAGAGAAACAAUGAAUUCAUUAGAAUUGCAGCAGUUGUGAAACAAGAUUCGCGGUUCAAAAAUUUAAAAGACUUGAAAGGAGCUAAAGCGUGUUUUACGGGAUACCGAGAUAUGGGAUGGAAUGCUUUUGUGGCUGUAUUGAAAAUUAUUUCGAAUUCAAAGUUUUAUUGCGACACGGAAGCAGUUGCUAACUUCUUUACAGAGAGUUCCAUUGUUGGUCUGAGUGACAAUGAUGGGCAAAUGCCAUAUAAUUUACAUUCCUUAACUAAACAAGCAAACGGAGUUGGAAAAGACUUGAGUGCCUUUGAUUGUAUGAUGUCUAAUAUUGGUGACGUAGCUUUUGUUGAUUUGAAGAAAAUUGAAAAAAGUGGUAUUUUAAUAAAAAAACAUAAUAAUCAAAUGCGAAAUAAUAAAUAUCGAACGUUAUGUUUUAAUGAAGUAGAUUCGAAUGAAGUAUGUUUACUUACAUGGGCACCAUUGGGCAUGGUAAUAACGAAUGAAAAUAUGACAGAGUUGCGACGAGAUGAGAUUUAUUCUAUGUUGUUAGAAAUGGACAAACUUUUCGGAAGUACCUUCAAGGGUCGUACACCCGCAUUUUCUAUGUAUGGGAUAUACGAUUCAAACGAAAGUAUUAUAUUUCCAGAAGGGACACAACAUCUACAGUUAGAAGUUCAUCAAAUUCAACGAGCAAUGAGCAAUUAUUCCGAUAUUAUUAACGAUAUCGUGAAACAAGUUAAUUGUAGUGGUGUAAAAAGUUUGAGUUCUCUUUAUAACAUGAUUUUUAUAUAUAUAUUUUUUGUUCUGUUGUUAUAAAUUGCUUAAGCAUCAUUAAAUAUCAUAUCUACUGUUAUUGUAUGUA